AUGCCUAUAGAAGCAGAAGAAAGAGAAAGUGAUGGUACAAAAGAAGAAAUCUCAGAUAGCAUAUUACAUGACUUGGUUAAAAUCAGAGACAAACUAUUGGAAAACAAAGUCAAGGCACUUGCUAGAGCUGGUGCCAUUGCUCCAUUAUCUGUCACCAUUCCUGCCCAAAAUUUUGGAUUGUACCCUGAGACAACUUCUUUCUUCCAGGCUUUAAGUAUCCCAACCAAGAUUUCGAAGAGUACUAUUGAAAUCAUCAAUGAUGUCCACAUUCUUAAACCUGGAGAUAAAGUAUGA